AUGAAAGAAGAAAAAUCUGCUGCUACAUCCAUCUGCGUUUCGCCUCAUAACUCUUCCUCGACUAUGAACGAGCAUGAUGAUGGCUUGGUCCAAAUCACUUCUGCAAAUGGGGAUAUUAUCAACAUAAAUUCUGAUUACAUAGAUCAUAAACUCGAAAGAAGUAUCUGUCGUAAGCUUGAUCUCAGAAUAUUGCCGGUAACUGCUAUUAUGUACCUUUUUAAUGCCUUAGAUAAAGGUAACAUCAGUAACGCCAAAACUGACGGAAUUGCUACAGAUUUGGGUAUUGAAGGUCAACAAUGGAAUAAUAUGUUGUCCAUUUUCUAUGUCCCAUUCGUUUUAUUUGGAUUCCCGCUCUCAUUGGUCAUAAAAAGGUACAAUGCUGCUAACGUGAUCCCAAUAUUGAUGUUUACCUUUGGAUCUAUAACACUAUUAGCAGUAUCAGCUUUCAACUAUGGCUCUCUUAUGGCUGCAAGAUGGUUUUUAGGUAUGUGUGAGAGUGCUUUUUUUCCUGGUAUCAUCUACUACUUAUCAACAUUUUACCGUAGAGCAGAAUUAGCAAGAAGGUUGGCUGUCUUCUACGCCGCUGCUAAUAUAGCCAACGCAUUUUCGGGCUUAUUAUCAUUCGGUGUUUUCCAGAUAAACAAUGAUAAGCUCCAAGGCUGGCAAAUACUAUUUUUGAUUGAAGGUAGUUGUACUGUUGUGUUUGCUGUACUUGCCUUUUUUGCUCUUCCAAGGUCAGUUGAAACUGCAUCGUUUUUUUCAGAAGAUGAAAGAAAAUGUGCCAUCCAUCGUGUCAAUACGGAUUCUUCUGCAGCAAGUGGCGAAUCAAUAUCCGUUAAAGAUGCCGUUAAAGUUUUUUCACACCCUGUGGCAGUGGCCUGGAUGUUUGUUGAAAUCUGUAUUGGGGUGCCAUUGAAUUCUAUAAACAACUGGUUCCCUCAGAUUGUUGGGGUAUUGGGUAAAUCAACAGUGCAAACUAACUUGUACACCGUUGCGCCUAACAUUUGGGGAGCGGUUUCUCUUCUCAUUCUUUCUUUUUCAUCUGAUUACCUUCGUAUUAGAUCAUUAUUCAUCUGCAUUGCAAUUUUGUCAACUUUGAUUGGGUUUGCAGUGUUUGGAGCAAUUGAUACUCAGAGUCAUUUAGGUGCAGCAUACUUUUCGUGCUUUUUAAUGGUUACUGGGUCUUCAGCAUCAUCGGUAUUAACAUCUACGUGGUAUAAUAAUAACACACCAAACCUGAAUAGACGUGUGGUCAUUAGUGCUGUGGGUAUACCUCUUGCUAAUGCUGCCGGGUUAAUUUCAACCAAUAUUUUUAGAGCAAAGGAUGCGCCAAAGUACGUGCCAGCCUUAGGAAUCACUGCAGGUUUCGGUGGUUUGGCUAUUGUUAUUGUGAUUUGUAUCACAUUGUUCAUGAUCUUUGAUAAUAGAAGAAGGAAUAAAAAGCAGGGUGUUCUGUUGACCUAUAGAGAUGUGCCAACUUCUACCUUAGAAGAUGGACCCUCAAAUCCAAGUUACAGAUGGAUGUAUUAA